UUUACUUUCAUCGGUUCGGUUGACGUCGUGUGGUCUAGCCCAAAAAUCAUACAAGACCUGUCCAGAAAACACACAUUUCGGAAACCACCACACCCAUGAACCAACUGGCCAGAAUCUGAGAUUGCGACAAUGACAGCGGAGGAGCACAAGGGAGUAGAGAACUGUGCGCGCAACUGCGUCCCCCGGGAAAACCAGCAGAAUACCUAAGACAAUGCAGGGCAGAGAUUAGCCAGACAUUGCACCAGAGACUCAAUAGCUACAGGCACAGGCCCACAACGAGCGUACAGAUUCCAGUGUAAAGUGGCAAAGUGGAGAGAAGGGGGAAAGAAGCGCAUUUUCCAAGUGUCCAGGUGGCAAAUAUGCCAAACCCAAGGAUUGCCUCAUUGGCUCUUCUACUGCUAAUCUGCUGCUUUCCCACCACCAAGUCCUCAAAUGAGACACAAAAACAGGAAGCGGAGGCCCUCACAGGACAUCGGUUUGCGAGCAGUAACAGCAACAUAACCAUCUUGCAUGAAGUGCAAGAAACGGACACCGAGUCACCAUUAGUCCUGAACACGCACGAGGUCCUGCCGCUUAAGCCAUUGAAAAAGAAGCCCUAUUUGCCGCUGGAGAAAAUCAUUCCGACCAUUGAGUAUGUGAAGCCACCGCAUCCACUAAAGGAGUACGAACUGCAUCCGGUCACUUUCGACUUCAACUUGGGCGACCUGGAGGAUCUGGAGCAUGAGGUGAUCAAGAAGGGGGAUCUCAGCAGUCAAGAGCAACAUGUCCUGGCUCUGGACACUAGCUACAGUCCCUCCAAUCCCGAUGAGAACGAUACUGUGGAUGUGGACAUAGCCGAGCUUUCCACAGAGCCCACAACAGCCACUUCGCCAGGAACGACGACUCCUUCGACGACUACAACCACCACAACUUCCAGUACUCAUAUCCUAAAAAUUCUGCGCAGUAAGCCCCAAAUGGCGCCAAAAUCGGGACGCGAUCUGCUCAAGCAAAGUGGAGACGAUGAUAUGCAGCUGAAAACCUUGGGCAGUACCAUCAAUAGCAUCAACCCCUACCUGGGGGUCAAUGCAAAUGGCACGGGAAACAGCAGCAUGGCCGAGAGUCUAUACGGCCAGGCCAACUACUUCCAGCUGGUGGCCAAUCUCUACGACCACUUCUUCUGGCAGAUUUCGGAGAUUCGGACAAGUGUUCGUACAGGUUGUGGUCUCGAGAUGCAAGCCUACCUAACGGCCCUGCACUCCAGUUACGAGUGGGCCCAAAGAGCUUAUGAUUCAUCUGGACGGUAUCGUGGUCAGUUGCUCUUUGGCAACGACAAGUGGCUUGGUCAACUGUCCUUCUGCUAUGAACUCAAUCGUCAGAGUUCCAUGGAGGAGCGCAAGCACUUCGAGUUGGAAUUCUAUGUGGCGGAUGUGGCACUUCAUUUGCCCCGGCUAAAUCGAUCGAUGCUUCUGAGUCUGGGCGAGUGUUUACCCAAAUCCUGUUCCGCCCACGAUGUUAAGUCCAUCCUGUCCCUGGAUCCUUAUGCUCGAAUGCUAACUGUUUUGGGGGCACACAAUACCUCGGUGCAGCAACCACCGCUCCAGGUUCUGCACGUUCGCACUGUGCCCGGACUUUAUAGUCACUGGCGGCAGCUGAAGUUCCAGGUGUUCAUAAGCUUUAUGCUGACUCUAUUUCUGGUGAUUCUGGUAGCUUCAUAUUAUCAGCUCAAGAUCGACGAACGUCGUUUGGUGGUGGCUUCCAUUUCGGCUAUUAGUGGCAAAUGCGAUGGAGCCUCAGCGAAAAACAGUGGCUUUUAUGGCAAGCCAUUCGAGCUCUUUCAGAUGCGUCCCUUGGGCAGCACGAAUGCCGCAACAGAUGGUCCCGAAAUGGAUGUCAAUGGUAAUAGACAGCGAUCUGGGGACUCUACUGACAUGGCAGAUGGGGUUUCAGGUGUUGUUGGGGAUCCCAACACCUCCACAUCGAUGAGUUCGAUGGCGGGUAAAUCGGAAAUGACCGAUUACCAAGUGGAAACUGGAAGUUGUGCCGGGGCCACCGGAACGUAUGAGGCAGAGCAGCCGAUUGCUUUGCACCAACAAAUACUCUUAUGCUUUGCCUUGCAAACCAAUGCAAAGGCGAUUCUAAACAUCGACAAAACCAAGGAGACUCACACGUCCUGCCUGCAUGGUUUGCGAGUCUUCUCUGUUCUCUGGACCAUGAUGGUGCACACAUAUCUGCAGAUGUUUGCCAUUGGCGAGAAUAAAUUUGAAAGGGUCAUCACAGAGCGCUCCUUUUGGUAUCAGGUGAUUGGCAAUGCCACCUUUUCGGUGGACUCGUUCUUCUUUAUCAGCGGCCUGCUGGUCACUCUGCUCUACCUCAAGCAGGAUCGCAAGCAACCUGCCGAGACCUGCCUCUUUAUCAAACGUAGCUUUUCGGAAACGUUCAUGAUGCUGCUCUAUCGUUAUCUACGACUCACUCCAGUUUAUCUCUUUGUUGUUAUCUUCAAUGACUUUGCCGUAAGACAAGGACUGGACUCGUCGGUGUUUCAGCCGGCCAAAAUCGAGCACAACACGUGCCGCGUCUAUUGGUGGCGCAAUAUAUUGUACAUAAAUAACUAUUUUCCACAGACGGAGAUGUGCAUGAUGUGGAGUUGGUAUAUGGCCAAUGAAAUGCAGUUCUAUGUGAUGGCUGCUUUGCUCUUGGCCUUGGCCAGAAAGUACUUUAAAGCCGUGGCUGUCACGUUAGUCGUAUUUCUGCUAAGCUCGUGGAGCAUCUCUGGUAUUAUCUCCCUGCAACACCAGUACACCCACAAAGUGGCCCUACCUUUCGAGUCCUUUGACUUCCUCUAUGACAAACCCUGGCAGCGAGUGGGCUCUUACAUUGUGGGAAUGUGUGCCGGCUACGUUUUGUACAAGGUGAAGACUCCACCGUUGGUUUCCAGGCGUCUGAACUUGUCUCUUUGGGCGGGCAGCCUGCUGGUGCUCAUACUCGUGGUCUUUGGCGUUUGGGAGGGCCAAUUGAGCACCGUCAGCACUGCCUUUUACGUGGGUGUGGCCCACACCGCCUUCGGCUGCGGUUUGGUCUGGAUCGUAUUGUCAUGCUGCUGGGGACUUGCGCCCACCGUAAAUGCGAUCCUGUCGUAUCGCGUGAUGUGGCCGCUUUCACGACUUACAUACUGCGCCUAUCUGAUCCAUCCCAUCAUAAUGUUCAUAUGCUCGUCGCACAUGAGCGGCACUGUUCACCUUAGCAAUCCUCUAAUCCUAACCUUAUUCCUUGGCAACGCCGUCGUCUCCUUCGGCUCAGCUUUUGUUAUAUCCGCCUUUUUCGAGGCGCCCGUCAUCCGAAUACUCAAGAUUUGCUUCAAAAAAUGAUCGAAUCUGUAUAUAUCCUGUACAUAUAAUGGUACUUACGUUAAUUAUUGUCCAUUUCGUUGAUUUUUGGUUAAGCUAUCCAGAAACACGUGAGUCUAGUUGGUUCUCCAUUUUUGUUUUUUUUUUUUGCGCGCGUCUGUAACGGAACAAUUUGCAUAGAGAUGGCACCUGUUUAUUAAUAUCUGUAGGCCUAGAUAUGUGUUAUAUUUGUAUAUAUUAAGAGGGGUUCGUCAGUGCAAGUGGAGUGUUUGAAAUAAAAUAUAAAAUAUUAACAUAAGCUUAUGGAGUG